AUGGCUGUCGCCGCCGGCUCUCGAUCCACUCGCUGCCUCCACGGUCACCGCUGGUCCUCGCCUUUCCAGAUAUUCGUUCCCUCAACCGCCGCCUCGUUCACGCCUGCGCGACACCUCGCCACCGUAAACGACCCUGACCCAACAACAACCUCCAGGCCCCGCAUCCGACCCACGACGUUCAGUGACAAGUUAAAUGCCGGACCCUCCUUCUCCGAGUUCCUCGGAUCUGACGACGCACCCUUGCCCCCAACCGAAGCAUAUGCGCUCAAGAAAGCCCUGGUCGGUCCAAAAGGCAAACAGAAAGAAAUCACCCGACUUCCGUCAUGGCUGAAGACACCAAUUCCCGACUCGAGCAACUAUAAAAAGAUUAAACAGGACUUGCGCGGCUUAAAUCUCCACACCGUCUGCGAGGAAGCGCGAUGCCCCAACAUCAGCGAUUGUUGGGGUGGUAGUGAUAAGGCGGCCGCCACCGCGACCAUAAUGCUGAUGGGCGAUACCUGCACACGCGGCUGCCGGUUCUGCAGCGUCAAGACUUCAAAAGCUCCCCCGCCACUCGAUCCACAUGAGCCCGAGAACACUGCGGAAGCUCUGGCCAAGUGGGGCUUGGGCUACGUGGUACUUACAGCUGUCGACCGCGACGAUCUUGCAGAUGGAGGCGCCCGACACUUCGCGGACACGGUACGGAGGAUCAAGAGUAAGCGGCCGGAGACACUGGUGGAGUGUUUGACAGGCGACUACGCAGGCGACUUGGAGAUGGUACGGCAUAUGGCUCAAAGUGGCCUGGAUGUAUAUGCACACAACGUCGAGACAGUCGAGGCGCUCACACCACAAGUCAGAGACCGACGAGCGACGUUCCAACAGAGCUUGCGCGUCCUGAAGGCAGCGAAGGAAGCACAGGAAGGCCUGAUCACCAAGACGAGCAUAAUGCUAGGCCUGGGCGAAACUGAAGAGCAGCUCUGGCAUGCGCUGAAAGAGCUGAGGAAGAACGAUGUUGACGUCGUAACCUUCGGCCAGUACAUGCGACCAACGAAGAGGCACAUGCCCGUGCAUGAGUACGUUACCCCAGCAGUGUUUGAGAUGUGGCGGCAGCGUGCCCUGGAUAUGGGAUUUUUAUACUGCGCUAGCGGACCGUUGGUGAGAAGCAGCUACAAGGCCGGUGAGGCCUUCAUCGAGAAUGUCUUAAAGGGCCGCAGGGCCAAGAGGGAUCAAGUCAUCGCUGCCGAAGCGCUGGGAGAUCUGAAAGGUGAAAAGGUUGUAUAA